AUGCAUGUGGGUUUACGCGCGUUUACGAUUGCGAAAACCGAGUGUUAUGGUCCUUUUUGUUUUUUGUUUGUUUGUUUGUUCGCUUUUGCUUGCUUUCGCCGCCCGUGUUUUGCGUGUGCAAACAAAGCCUCUCCCUUGUACUCUUUUUGUCUCUCUCUUUGUUGUGUGUGCGUGGCUGGGGUGAAGAGGAAGAAGGGAGGGGUGGUGUCAGGCAUUCCCUCAUUCUUCAAGCAUACGCAUUCAACACACACACACACACACACACAGACAGAGAGACAAAUACACAUACUUCUUCCCCUGACACUUAGACUUAUGGAAAAGGCAUUUGAAGGCGCUAAGCGUCGUCCCCGCGGCGUGCAGGAAUUCCCUCAUACGUCUGCAUAUUCAAUGCGAAAAACGCACGGGCGCUGCGUCCCGCAAAGUGCCCCGGAGAAUGAACGGAGGGGCAAAAGUGCCGAAGCAGGCAAGACGAGCGACGACAGAAACUGCUGUGGGAAUUCUGCGAACGACGUGGCUGGCAGUAAAACGGCAAUUACGAAGGUGGGGGCAGCUGAAACAGUGAAGAGUGACAAUAGAGAAGAGAUAUUGAUUGAUUCUCCUACUUAUGAUGACGACAACCCCGACACCUCCUCCGAGAAAACGAGGGCGGGUGAUUGUGACGGUGGCCCGACGCUGAUGGAAUUGGCCAUGUGGGAGGCCGAGGUCACCAGAAGGCAGGCUGAGGUGGCGAGGGACGUUGGGUGCAUCCGCAAUUCUUUGGCCGUCUUGGAUGCCUACAUGGAUGAUGCAGCGGUUAACACACAUAGUACUGGACCAUUGGAGAAAGUGCCAAAAGGCACGGGGGUGGGAAACAAGAGGGAAGUAGUUGCACUAAAGAUGAGUCCAAAGAAGGCCAUUGGUGGACAGACAGCGGUGGCCAAAGAUAUCGUUCUCAGUUCUGAUGGCGAUGAUGAUUACUUACAGUUGACGCCGAGCCGAGGAGAAAAGCCUCCGGCAAGGGCAGGAGGUGCCAGGACUGUGCCCAACAAGAAUGUGGCAAUUGACACUACAGAUCUUUAA